AUGUUUCCGUUGCUAAAGGGACAAUUCUUUAAUUAUAGAAAGAAGCUGUUAUUUGAUGAAGGAAACACUACUGCCGAAAAUGAAAAUCAAGUUGAGAAAUUAUUCACCAAGAACUUCGAAGAAUGUUCGUCAGGCGCCACCGCCGCUCAACAGGAACGAAAAAGACGCAGAACAGCUGAAAACACACCCACGUCACCGCAACAUGAUGACGUCAUCGUAGCCGAUUCACCCGUUAGUGACGUCAUUCGGGCUGUUGAACGGUUGUCGACACAUUCUGACCUCGUGGCCGACGGGUCACGUAAUAACGCUCUUCCGACAAUUGCGGGCAAACACAAAGACCUCAAGGCCAUUGCAUCUGAAACGAUGACUGCGGUACUAAACGGCGACUACGACCACCAUAUUGAUCACGUGACUGUUAUAGACUGCAGAUACCCGUACGAGUUCGAUGGAGGUCAUAUCAGGGGUGCCAUUAAUCUCUACACAAAGGACGCCGUCCAGAACUUUCUGAACGAGACUGUGACGUCAUCAGAUAAGAAUCACGUGAUCGUUUUCCACUGCGAGUUCUCAUCAGAACGAGGUCCAAAGAUGUACCGCCAUCUUAGAUCACUGGACCGUGACUUGAACCAGGACUCUUACCCGCGACUGAACUUUCCAGAGGUUUACCUCUUGGAGGGCGGAUACAAGGCGUUUUACCAGCAGUACGAGAACCAUUGCUUCCCCCAGCGGUAUGUACCCAUGCUUCACGAGGAGCACGCAAAAGACUUACGUCACUUCCGGGUCAAGUCCAAGUCCUGGGCAGCAGGUGAUAAACCGCGUCACAGGUCACGUGUGGAUAAAACCGGGAGAACCUUCCGACUCGCUUUCUGA